UUGUGGCCCAGCCUAAUUUGAGUCGAAGCUGAAGUCAGGCAGGCCACAGGCUGAUUAAAAGGGUGGGCAUUGUAGUUCGGACAAAGCAAGAAGCGGGCGAUGCAGGCUCGCACACACUGUGCGUGUUAGCGGACGGGUCAGACGGGAAGUCUAUAAAAAAAGACCAGAACCUUAAGAUCUCAAGAAAGGGUGGCCACUCCGGACGGACAAGGAAGCAUGACGAUGAGGACAUGUGGUGGAGCUGAACGGGCCCGGCCUCGAGGUGGGAAUCUGGAUUGGCUACUUCGUACUGCCCUGGAAGUAGAGAGGAUUUCCCAGCUACUUCGACGAAGCUGCCGGCGAUGGUCGAACCAGCAUUCACCAAUGUCCCAAGAAAAAGGUGAAUGCAUGUCUUGGCGCUCUUACCGGCAGAGUCGACAUCCCCGUCGGCUGGGCUGUGAGAUAAUUGGUUGGAACGCGUACGUCUCCCCACCCCCACUGGAAGAGAGAGAGAGAGAGAGAGUGUGUGUGUGUGUGUGUGUUGAUGGAGAGCUAGUUCGCCCUGACGAUGACACCUCGAACCUGCACAAAUUGGGAAGAUCUGGAAGCGCCAGGCUUAGCCGCCCGGACUGGGUGGUAUGGUCGCUGUUCCACCAUGUGGUUUCCGUCUUCCGCAUAUAUUCAGCCUCUUUUUUUCCAGUCCAGUAUCGCCAGGACCCGUUGCCUGCUGUGAUGCUGGGCCCUUCGGUAGAUCGGCAAGAGGCUCUCUUCGUCACCCACAAGCGUAAUGGGGAGGGGGAGAACACUAAGAAAACUCGUGCCUGCAUCUUCCGUUCUGCCGCCAUACCAUGUGAGUUUGGGAUGUGCGUGUGCGUUUGUAUCUGUCCCUGCCUCUGCCCUGUGCAGCGCGUGAGUCUUGAGGAGAGUUUCGCAGGUUCCUGGCCGCCCCGCCUGGGUGAUCCCAUGUUCAGAAACAUAUCAACGCUGAUGGGUAGCCUGAGUGGUGGAAAAUAGAGCGGUGAGCGAAGAGAAUCCCGCCAUCCCACACACGUUUAGGAGCGGGGACGACGACUGAAACAUCUCACGUCUUUUCCCAUGUUGGAGGGCGGCUGCCUUUCCUCUCGGAAUUGGGAUGCGCAGACACGAACAAC